AUGGCAGAAAGUAUACUACAAGAUAUAGCUGAACAAAAAAAGCGUCUUACAAAAGCGCAAAUCAAUAAAAACACGGCAGAGAAAGCAGAUGCCUACUGCAAUCUAGGCAGAGCUUACUACUCCUUCGGGGACUUCCAUCAAGCAAUAGAGUACCACAAUCAACACCUCAGCAUUGCCAAGGAAGUUGGUGACAGGGCAGGUGAGGGAUGUGCCUAUGGCAAUCUAGGCUGUGCUUAUGACUCCGUCAGCGAAUUCCAACGAGCAAUAGAGUACCACAAUCAACACCUUAGCAUUGCCAAGGAAGUUGGUGACAGGGAAGGGGAAGGCAAAGCCUAUGGCAAUCUCGGCCUUGCUUAUCACAGCCUUAAUGAAUUCCAAAGAGCAAUAGAGUACAACAAUAAAUACCUCAACAUUGCCAAGGAAGUUGGUGACAGGGCAGGGCAAGGCAAAGCCUAUGCCAAUCUCGGCCUUGCUUAUCACAGCCUUAAUGAAUUCCAAAGAGCAAUAGAGUACAACAAUAAAUACCUCAUCAUUGCCAAGGAAGUUGGUGACAGGGCAGGGCAAGGCAAAGCCUAUGGCAAUCUCGGCCUUGCUUAUCACAGCCUUAAUGAAUUCCAAAGAGCAAUAGAGUACAACAAUAAAUACCUCAACAUUGCCAAGGAAGUUGGUGACAGGGCAGGGCAAGAGCAAGGCUAUGGCAAUCUCGGCAAUAUUUAUUUACUUCUCGGCGAAUACCAACGAGCAAUAGAGUACACCAAUGAAUGCCUCAUCAUUGCCAAGGAAGUUGGCAACAGGGCAGGGGAAGGCAUAGCCUAUUCCUAUCUCGGCACUACUUAUCACAGCCUUAGAGAAUUCCGACGAGCAAUGGAGUGCCACAAGAAACACUUGAGCAUUGCCAAGGAAGUCGGUGACAGAAAAGGAAAAGGACGUGCCUAUUUAAAGAUCGGCGACGUUCAUAGAUCCCUUGGCGACGUGCCACGAGCAAUGGAGUACUUCAAGCAAUGCCUGAGCAAUGCCGAGGAAAUCGGUGACAGGGAUGGACAAGGAAGUGCCUAUUGCCGCCUCGGAAAUUGUUAUAGAAAUCUCCACGACAUGAAGGAAGCAAUAGAGUGUUACAAACAACAUCUCCGCAUUGCCGAGGAAAUCGGUGACAGAAUAGCAGAAGCAUGUGCACAUGAAGGUCUGGGUCACUCUUUUUGCGCAUCACAUUCUUUGAAUGAGGCUUUAGAACAUUUUAGAUGCUGUGUUAAAAUCUAUGACACUAUUAGAGCCAAUUCUAUCUCGGAAGAUCAAUUGAAAAUAAGUUUCUGUACGCGUCAUCAAUGUGCCUAUACUCUUUUAUGGCAAGUUUUAGUAAUGCUUGAAAGGAAUGACGAGGCUUUAUACGCUGCUGAGAGGGGACGAGCACAGGCUUUGCUCGAUGCCUUAAAAGUAACUUAUGGCCUGACGUCACUUUCUCCCAGGUCAAUUGAAUCUGAAGAAGAAGUCAGAAAUAUUUCAAGGAAGACAACUGUUUCAACAGUUUUCCUUGCUCUGCAAAAGAAAACAGUCAAUAUGUGGGUAUUACGAAAAGAAGGCAAGCCUAUUUGUAGGCGAAAGAGGCUGGAUAUUGGAAGUGAAGACGAUGACUCUUUUGUUCUCCUUCUAGAAACCGUUUUGAAAAAAAUUGGGUCUGGCGUCGGUAUUAGGUGCGAAAAUCAGCCAUUAUAUGAUGCAGCUAUUGGUCCCAUUGAAGACUUGCUUGAUGGUGAUGACCUAAUUGUAGUUCCUGAUGAAAAUCGGUCAAUGGAUAAGCUGAGUAAUGACUCAACUCCCUCAAGUACUCGAGACGACAAUCAAACAUCAGAGCCAUCACAGGAGACCACCGACUUUUUACAGCCAUUGUAUGAUGCAGUUCUUGGUCCUAUUGAAGACUUGCUUGAUGGUGAUGAACUUAUUGUAGUCCCCGAUGGUGCUUUGUGCGUAGCUCCCUGGGCAGCCUUUAGAGAAUCGUUAAGGAUCCGUAUGGUUCCCUCACUGAGAAGUUUGGAAUUCAUCACAGAUUCUCCAAUUGAAUACCACAGUAAAAGUGGAGCCCUGCUUGUUGGAGAUCCAUGCUUGAAGAAAAUUACAGAUAAAUGGGGGAACCCCAUUUAUGAUCCUCUGAAGUACGCAAGAAUGGAAGUGGAGAUGAUUGGAGAAAUUCUAAAGAGUCAAACUUUAACAGGUGAAUAUGCAACCAAAGAAGCGGUACUUCAGAGAAUAGCGUCAGUUGCUUUGGUUCACAUCGCAGCCCACGGAAGGAAGGAAACUGGAGAAAUUGUUUUGGCUCCAGGGGAAUCCAAGAUUCCUACGGAGGAGGACUGUAUUUUGAAAAUGUCUGAUAUACAAGCUGUGAAGCUGAGAGCAAGGCUUGUUGUGCUUAGUUGCAGCUACAGUGGUCAAGGAAAGGUAUCGUCUGAGGGUGUGGUCGGUAUGGCACGUGCUUUCUUGUUUGCUGGUGCUCGUUCCGUGCUGGCGACACUUUGGGAAAUUGAUGACAAAGCCACAAUGAUGUUUAUGAAGUCUUUCUACCAACAACUUGGAAGUGGAGAAAGUGCAAGUGUUGCUCUUCAGAGGGCCAUGAAAUGUCUUCGAGACUCCCACGAUUUUUCUGCCCCGAAGUACUGGGCUCCAUUUGUUCUGAUUGGUGAUGAUGUUAAGAUUGAAUUGAAGGAAAAACAUUGA